CCUCUUCCCCAAGUGAAAGUAUCCCAUAGCCUCCAUUUUUCUUCCUCGUAUCUCUCAUGUAUAAAAACUUUCCUUCUUCACUCUCUCUUCUUCCAAAACUAACGAGGUCGUCUUGAUUAAAAAUUGACCUGUUAUGCAACAUAAAAUUUGGAUUGAGCUAUUUGGUUUGAGGUUUUUCUAAUGAACUCACUUUAAAGCAAUUAUAAUUGUCGCAGAUGAGGUCAAGUAAUUUGAAGUUAUCGAUUUGUAAAAUAAUAUAAUUGACCAAAUUAUCUCAUUUUUUCAAUUGAUCCAUCCAAACGACUACAACAACUAAUUCAAAUAACCAUUUAUAGUCAGAGGAGGUAACCCAAGAAAAUUACAGAAUCUCUCUAUUUCUCCAAUAUAUUAUCUUGAUAAAUUCAAUAUUUUCCAAUCAAUCCCACUAAAGCAUACUUAUCAUCAUUCUAAUUUUAUUUUUCACUUUAAAUUUUUAUGGUUGUAACUAUUUUGUAAAUUUCUUUACUUAUGCGAUUUUUUUCAAAAGAGUCAUUAGUUUAUUGAAAAUAAUAAAUAUGAAAGAGUACACAUAGUUUUCAUCUUCCGAUAUCGAUACCCAAGUUUUGCACAAUGUUUUAUCUUCAUCUGCUUGUCAAUUGUUUCCUCUCUUGAUGGGAAUGUUUUCGUUUCGCAAAAAUGAGAUUUGAGAGAAUUUGUUUUAACCUCUGAGAAUGAGUGCAGAAAAAAUCAUGAAGUGAGAUUGAAUAUAUAUGAAAGCAUAUAACUAAUUGUUAUGGUCGUUGCAAUGUGACUAUUUUUUGCCACUAUAUCCAUCUUCUUCUUUCAAAUUACAAACAAACCCUGAAACCCCACAAAUCCAAUAAAUCUUUUACAAAAAAUAAAAAGUAAUUGGAUUAAUGGGGGGCUGCAACAUGCUGAAGGUCACACGUAGAAGCGUAAAGGGUUCCUUGCUUGCUAGACACCCCUCCACGUGUGCAUUGUCUUGGCGUGGAUCCAUCCUCUUUUCAAGUGAUAUUUUUACUCACCGGCCAUAUCAAAAGUCCAAACUUUAGACGUCGCUUGUUUGUUGAAUUUGACAAACGAAAGUUUUUCUUUUUGUUAAAAUGAAGGUUUUAGAAAACCAAAUAUUUAUAUGAUGGAUUUGGCCCAUUAUGGAUUUCAAAAGUUUAUUGUUUGCUUGUAGGAUUUAUUGAUGGAUUUUAAGAUUAUGAAUUUAUCACUUUAAAGAGUAAUUUACCCUACCACCCUUACUUCAUUUUUUAUAUAUGAUGGCAAGACAACUUGGAUCGUUUCAUGUGCUAAAAUUGGUAUGAGGUUCAAAAUUAUUUGUCAAAUAAAAUCCAAACUCAAUUUAUGGCAUGUGAAAAACCCUUUUAACAAUCACCGACUAUCAAAUAACGAAACAUUAUGAUUUAAAACACAUUAGUUAUAAAAAAGGAAUCAACACAUAUAUAACAUUUAAAAACCAUCACAAACCUUACAGGGAAAGGAAUUGAACCGCCACUCCCUUUUCAUAAACUUGAACGACAAAUCAUCAACAUAAUAACUAGCUUCAACAACAAGGAUAAAUUUGGAUGACAGCCAAACCUCAAGGGUGUUGUGAGAUUUACAAGUUUGCGAGACCAACGAAUUUGGAUAAAUAAAGUGAUGCGAGCCACAAGAGCCCAAAAGCCAUGCCCGUUGAAGCUUGGAGAGGGAGGUGUGUCGCAGAAGCAAGAAGAGGCGAUGAAGGCAAAAUCUUCGGCCAGUGGUGCCAAUUUUUGCCCAGGGAUGUCAAGGGUCCACCCGGGAAUUCGAAGAGGGGGUUUUCCCCGGGGUCAACAACGUUUACCCCGCCCGGGGAUUUGAAGACCCAACUUGAGGAUCGGGGUCUGAUGGGUUAAAAAGUCCUUGUUGGUUUAUGAUUUCUUUUAUUUUAUGUGUUUGGACGAGUUUAUUGUUUCUCUAGCCUAUAUAAAGGCUUAAACACGUAAGUCAACAGUGAAGAACAUUGAGUUCAUUUUGGUUCAUUGAAUUUUAGGCUUGUGAAUUAUUUCUUUGUAUCAAUCAAGUUGUCCCCUUGAUUGUGGUCGAGAUUAUACUCUUAUAUUGAUAGAGCAUUCCCGCAGUUGUGAGAUUGCACUUCAAUUUCGCCUUAUCCCUAUCGGUUAUUUGUUAGCUGAGUGACUUUGAUAACUAUUGGUGUCAGUACCGUGUUAUAUCAAGUGGUAUCAGAACCUGGUUCAGCACAGUGGGAAAAACGAAGUCAAGAGGGUCUGUUUCUUAUCGUACGAGAUCCAAAGAACCUAUAGCAAGCCGCAACAUAAGAGGAUUCUUUGUCAGAGGAAGAAAUUCCAUUUGAAGAGCAAACCAUGGAGUCAAGUCUUGUAGAUGCGAUGCAACAACUUGUAGCACAGAUGGCUCAAAUGGGAGCUUUACUUCAAACCCAACAUGACGCUACCAAAACUCAGCUCGUUGAAACCAACAAGCGUCUGGAUACCCUAAUCACCAAGUUGGAGACGCAACCUAGACUUCAUUCACUAAAGAAUCCAGCAGUUGUAGCAAUUCAUAUUGGGGCCGAGAUUCGAGAGAGCCCUAAAGCAUAACGAGUUCAAAAUUAUCAAGCUUUUCUUGAAACCCCAAACUAGCAGAUGUAGAGGAUUUAACAAAUGGGGCAUCAUCGUCAGCUAACUACCCAGUACAGACCUCCAUUUAAUGAUUAUGAAGAUGAUUACCAUGAUUAUGGAGGUAGACCACCAGAAACAGGAUGCUAUGGCAUUGAUUCGAUUCGGGGAAUCAAACUAGUAAUUCCUAUGUUUCAAGAAACCAACAGUGCUUCAGCUUACCUUGAUUGGGAGAUGAAGAUGAUCUUGUUCUUUCAGUGCAAUCUUACCCAAAGCAUUAGAAAGUUCUGGUAGCUACCUAUGAGUUAUAGAUUAUGCAACAACUUGGUGGGAACAAGUUCAGAUUCGACAAAGUUAUUUGUAGAAAACAAUGUUGAGAGUCAACUCAGGCCAGAAGGAGACAAGCCAAUUGUUAGGAACACUUCCCUAAUCAUCCAAACCAGACAUGAAGGAUCGGCUGGAAGCAUCCAAUGCUUCAAAUGUCUCGGACAUGAUCACAAAGCAAAUUAGUGCCCAACAAGAAGACUCUAGUUCUGCGAGAUGACAAAUACUUUUCUGAGGAGGAGGAAGAGAAGCCAAUGGGGAAGGGAAUCGAUUAUGAUGAGGAUGUAGAUGAACACAUCGCUGCUAAAGCCCCUCAAAUAGGUAAGUUUCUUGGAGUCAAUCGUAGAGUGCUCUCCCUUGAAUCUCUAGCUGAAUAAGAAUAACGAGAUAAUCUAUUUCAUACCCUUUGCUAGGGGUGAACAUACACACCCGCAAACCGACCCACCCGUCCAACCCACCCGUAUUUAUCGCUAAAACUAAGGUUUUGGGUUGGGUGAGGGUUUUCUUUUCUACAACCCGCCUCUUUUGGGUUGGGUUUGGGUUUUGGAUUACACACCCCGUAGAACCCAACCCAUGUUCCAACUAUUGAUAUGAGUUCGUAUCCAAAAAAUAUUUAUGUCGUAUAUAACCAUACUUAUUAGAAAAUUAAGAUAUUUUGCCAUAUUUUUCUCUCAUGGUCUCACUAAUCUAAUGCAUUUUUCGGAUUAAAGUUUAGACAUAGAUUUAAUAUAGCUAUGAUUCGCGUAAUUAUUUUUUCUUGUGUAUGAUUUUAAUAGAAUAACAUAUUAUGGAUGCAUUCGUUUAUAACAUUUUUAUCCUAUUUCAACAAAUAUCAUGAAGAAAACUAGAUAUAUGCUGAAGUAAAUCACAUUUUAAUAAAAUUUAAACAACAUU